UAAUGUAAUUUUACAGCAAAAUUGUUACCUUAGUUGCGUACAGUGUCAGAACUCUUUCAGAUAUUUGAACCCUGUAUUAACCAUCUUACAAUUACUCUUUACAUCGUAUUGAAAAAUUAUCAUUUCCCAUAUCCUUGAAGCUCUUUCUGAUCACGAGACGUCACCAUUCCUCCUCCACUUGUUCAAUUAAUAGUUGAAGUGAAAUCUAAAGUGUCAGAAAUAACUAAACGAAAAAAAAACCGACUUGAUUAUGUUAACAUUGUAUUACGUGAGUGCUACAUUCUUACAUUCGUGGCGUAUUAAUAAGAUUUGCCAGAAAAUUACCGAACAAUUAGCUCAACAUGCUAGUAUUACAUUUUACGCGUUGCCUAAUUCAACAAAUGAUGGCUUUGGUAUAAAUAUAAAUCAUGCUUUCUUGGCUACCUCUGAAUUGUGUUCUAAUCGAAGUUUGGCUAAAGUAUCACAAAUUUUAUGGUUACACAACAAUCAUAGAGGAUGUUGUUUGCAGCCAUUACAAUCUAUACCCGUGACCCCAUGGAUUACAUUUUCCGAAACCUCCGGCUUACAACCUUUCGCAUUUGAUGAAACACCUGAGCAAGUACUUACAAGCUUGGAAACCAAACAACAAACGAAAUUGCGUCUGUUGAUAGAAACUGAAAUUGAACCAUGUUUUAAAUCAGAAAUGAAUAACGACAUUGUCAGGAUUGAAAACUAUGGUAAGCUGUUAGCUUGGAAAAUAGAUUCUCAUUUGGCGGUAUUGGUUGAAACCAACGUUGAGUAUUUUACCAAACUCUUAAUACACACAUUUUUACAAAACAAUUUUCUCAUUAACGAUCAGCUGACUCUCCUAAGGAUCGAGUCUGUCAGAGAUGAAGGCACACCUCAACCAUAUUCUAUGCUUUCCAGUCAUCUACGUAAACCCACGCGUACUAUUAGUAAGAUGCAACCCAUGGAAUGGCCCAAACAUUUAGAAGAUUUAAAGUCUUUAAGUGUUUUAGCCAAUCAGGCUACAGAGUAUGCCUAUAACAAGCACCGCACUGAAGCUAAAACCGGGAUAAUCAAACCGGACUUAAUUCCUCAAGAAAAACGUGUGGCUAAAGAAAAUAAACCAAGAGAAUCUCCUAAUAAAAUUUCUAAGGUCGAAGGUAAUGAGAAAUUAGAAAAAAAAUCUGAGGAGUUAAGGAAUUAUUUAAAGCAAGACAUCCCGCUAGAGGAACACGAACGAAAAUCCCAACUUAUUAAAGAAACAAAAGGUCUAAUAAAAGCGGAGGAAGUCAAGACAGGGGACACGUCAAUAACAGAGAGAAAACCGACUGGAGCCAUACCUAAAGUUUCGAUAGAAGCUGAAAACCUUAUAUUACCUGAAGCAGAAGACUUGAAAAACCAAAUUAUGAACUUAGAGGGGUCAAUUAUAGACGCCAAAGCGACACCUACAAAUCAAAGCGCUGAUUCCAGUACAACAAUAGUAAUUAAAAGUCCCAGUAACAUCAGAGCUAAGCCAACGGAAAUCAAAAAGCCGGGAACUGCAGAUGAACAACGUUUAAAAUUAAAUAAAGCUUCCACUGAUCCGAGCAAGAAAUCUAGCGAGCUGGAGAAAAUUGCUGCUGCCAAGGUGGCUGAACGUUCUAAGUCGAAAUCUCCGGUAGGUAAAGAUGCGGAAAAAUCGGCCACUGGCACUCAGGUCGCAGCAAAAGCGAAAACAAAUGAAAGAGCUAAGUCAAAAUCACCAGAAAGACCAAUAACGCGAAAAUGCAAUGAAAAUAUGACUACUACAAUCAGUAAAAUGGCUUUGAAAUCUGAAGUAGCUCCAUCUCCGCCAGGUUCUCUUAGUAAGUCUAUAAAGACGGUUAAUAUUCCGGCAACCCCUUCGCACAUUAAGGGCACUAAUAAGCGUCCUAGUGUAAAACGGCUUAAGGAUAAUUUGACGGAAUGUAAACCUCCAAAUGUUUUAGUAUAUGCUGAAAGUGCAAGCACACGUCAGAGUGCAAUGGGAGCUCUGCAAGAUAAUUUAGCUGAGAAUGCUAUGAGUUUUCCUUGCAGUUACACCAUUUACAAUUUGACUGAAGAAAUUGUAGAAAAGAAAUGUUGGCCUGAUACCACAUUCCUCUUAGUAGUAUGUGGUCCAAUACCGGCGGCUUUCGGAGAAAUAUUUGUUGAUUACUUUUUACGUGGUGGAAAGGUGUUGUCACUAUGUUCGGAUGUUUUGCAUUUUAUAUUGCCCAACUAUCGUACAGCUGAGGUACGUGAACAUGAAUUAGUUCAGUUCUCUUAUGAUAAAUGGCACAAAGUUAAAAUGAUGCAUCACAUCUUUUGCUAUCAACCGUCACCCGUGCGAAAGAACUUCUCUACGGAGAGCGAUGAAGGUUCAAGUGCAAAUUCUCAACAUCCAGCUUUAGUGUGUCUACCAAGGUCCAUUGAAUUGAUGGAUUUGCAAGGUAUUGCUCAUCAACUAGAUGUUAAAGUCCUGGGCACCGAGGAAACUUGGAAUACCCCUAGCUUAUUGUUGGCUCAGAAUAGAAAAAACGGUGGCGUUGCGGUAUUUUCUCAGGUGCAUUUGGAAAUUAAUCCAAAUGAAUUUGAAGCCGAUGAAAAUAAAUAUCGUACAUUAAAACAAAAUGAAACUAUACGUCAUGAGAUCUUUAGCGAUCUUUUAAGAACGCAUUUAGGCUUAAAUGUAAAAUCAGAGAACGAUUUCAAUGGAUUGACUAUGAAAACCGUAUUUCAAAAUGCUUACUUUUUGGGCAAACAUGAGGCCAAAUUCGAGUUAUUGGAAAAAUUGAAAGAAAAAUGUGAUCAAAAUAAUUUAAUCCAUACACCGAAGUUAACUCUGAAAUUUUGUGGACCCAAUGAAAAUUUGCCGAAACCUGCCAACGAUAUGCUUCCUAUACUAAUACACUCAUGUCCGGAAGAUUUCUCUACGGUCGAUUAUUUUGAGAAUUUAAAAACUUCGUACAUUGGACGUUUGGUGAUUUAUGCUCCGAUUCUGAGCAGCUCUCAGCAUGUAGUUAAAGAUUUGGAUUUAACUGACGGUAUUGUGGUCAUAGCACGUCAACAAACUGCUGGAAUGGGUCGCGAUAAAAACCAGUGGCUUAGCCCUCUUGGCUGUGUUAUGUUUUCUUUACAAAUUCGGUUACCUCUGAAUACACCUCUGGGGAGGCGUUUACCUUUAGUACAACACAUUGUAGCUGCCGCAAUGGUUAACGCUCUCAAAUGCCAUGAGUUGUAUAAGAAUUUGGACAUACGCCUAAAGUGGCCUAACGAUGUGUACGCUUACGGAAUUAACAAAAUCGGUGGCUUGUGUUUGCAUACUUUUUUAACGCAUGAAGCCGUCGUCAAUGCCGGAUGCGGUCUUAACCUAGACAACGAUAUACCGACUACUUGUAUCAAUGACAUGAUACGUGAUUAUAAUCGUGCAAAUCAACAAAAAUUGCCGACAUUAAAAUAUGAAGAGCUGUUGGCACUGAUAUUCAAUGAAAUUGAGAGGAUUUUGGAAUUAGUAAAAAGUGGAGACUUUGAAACGUUCUAUAAAUUGUAUUAUUCGCUAUGGUUGCAUAGCGAUCAAGCUGUUUCAAUUUGUGAUGAGAAAGGUUCUAAGAAAGAGGCUCGAGUCAUGGGAAUUGACGAUAGUGGUUAUUUAAAAGUUAAAUUAACAAACGGCGUUCUUGAGACCGUUUAUCCCGAUGGCAACAGUUUUGAUAUGUUAAAAGGUUUAAUCAUGCGUAAAGUUUUUUAAGUGUGAAACAAAAAAGGAUAGAAAAAAUUUCCUUUAAGGUGCAUUUAAAUAUAGUAUUGAACUUGAGUAGUCAGGCCAUAUUUUAAUCUAUUAUCUAUGUAAUAUAUGACGAAAAAGUAGAUUUAUAUAUGUAGAUACAUUUAGUUCAAAUACAUUUACAAAACUUUCAAUCAUUGUAGUUAGCCGAAAUUGUUUUUACAGCUUAGUACUUAGUUAUAAAAGAAGUAAUUAAUUCUUGAUUAACAAAACUUUCCAGCUCUAGUCAUUUAAAUCUAAAUAAAAGGUUCUUCUCUGUAUUUAUAUAUAUAUAUAUAUAUAUACAAAGCUUGUGUUAUCUGUGAAAAUAUAUUACCUACAGAAAGAAGACAACACCUUUUUAUUAAUAAAUAGAUUGAAUGCAAAACUAAAUACCGGUAGCCAUAAGUUACGUUUUUGCAUUGAUUGUCCUAUUAUCAAAUUCUACAUAUUGGACUUAGCUUUAAAGAAAACUUAUGCGCAGCAGGCUCUAUUUCCGCCAAUAUAGAUUUAAACAUAGAUUUAAAUAUUCUGGCAACAUUGAAAAACAAAGGAAAAAACUUGAAGUUUAAAGCCGACGGUAUGAUUUAUAAGUAAGAAAUACGUUUAAAAGCGCUUGGCGAAGAUCUUAAAAAACUUCUUAUUGGAAAAAAAAUCAUUGUCAUCAUUAUCGGCUGCGUAGAUGUUGCAAAAUAAAUCGACAUCCACCUAAACGUCUUUCAAACAUGUGGGAUUAAUCCGCCGUGGGCCUUAAACGACAACGUUUGCAACGUUUCACUGUUAAUAAGCAAAAAAAGCACACCAAAUCUCCUCUUCACAGGACUAAUCACAUCUAAAAAUAAUCUUUUGGAAAUUAACAUCAUUGGAAACUGGCAUCCUCUUUUUGCAGAUGAUUCUAAAAGUGAUGACUUGUCCGCUGCGUACAUGGUCGCAGAUGCAGCAAGCCAAGUCCAAACUAAUCACAUCCUACACCUAUGUCCAUCAAUAUUCACAGCUGAAGUUGGAUCUAUUCUUCAGGCCAUGAGCCUUGCUCACAAAGCUAAACUUAAAGCUGUUGACGUUCAUAAAAGCUAUCUGUAACCCCUUAAAUUGCAACCGAAACACAACCAAAGCAGAAAUACUAUCGCCGCACACGGAGACAAAACUAAUAUUUUUUGGUUUCCAAGGCAUUUCGGUGUCUUGAGAAGGCAGACUUAGCAGCCAAAUCGGCAGCUUCCGAACCUUUAAUUAUGGACGACACAAUAGAAAAGUUUGAUCUUCAAAAGUAUAUUAGGAAAAAGUUUAAAGAGAAAAAUGACAAAAAAAAUUCGAGAGUACUAUCAUAGACAGUACUCGUACGUUAAUCCGAAUCUCAUUUUAUCUCUAUAGAUAAUCAAUGCCGGAAAAAUCGAGGCCAAAACAUUUGAAAGAAACCGACUUAAGCAUGCGAUUGCAACACAUCGACGUAAAAAUGCUACUCCUUCUACACGCGAUUAAACGUAUACUAUGUGAACGCCAAAGCUUUUCUAAUAUUUAAAAUACCUUUAGAACUUAGCCUCAACAAAAUUUUUAACUUUAUUAAAGCGACUAAACUAUUGAUCUAAUCUACCUAAAGAAAAAGAGACUAGAUUUAGUUGCUAGUGCUCAACCUA